CUGAAGAACGCAUGAGAGCAGUAGGGCGGAGACUGCAUACUAGCACGAGUCAUGUAACUGUGUAAAGGGUCACCCGGUUACACGUGAGCAUGGGAGAUACUGAAGGAAAUUCAACAGGGAACAACAUCAUCCUGAUGAACUGAACUGGAAAAUGGCGACAUGUGAGGGAAGUGAAGCGCGUGCGGCGCUCAGGCGCUCCGUGCUCAACCGGGUUCCUCCGUUGCUCACGGAUCUGUACCAGUUCACCAUGGCGUACGCGUACUGGCGCGCGGGCAGACACAACGAGCCGGCCGUGUUCGAGCUGUUUUUCCGCGAUAACCCGUUCGGCGGAGGCUUUUCGCUCAUUGCGGGUCUCAGCGACUGUUUGCUGUUCCUGCAGAACUUCGCUUUCUCAGAUGACGUACGCUCCAAGUGA